AUGGGUGGGAGGAAUUGGGCCCCCGGUAACCUCACUUACACGGCGGAAGACAACUGCACAAUUCCUGGCACGUUCUUUUGGAAGCCGAGGUUGGGGCUCGACUUGGCUAUCCCUACAACUGAAAGCGAAAUGCCAGUUAAUGUGCCAAAUAAAGAAAAUGUAGAAAAAGGUCUUGUAACGCUAGUUGACGGGUACCAAGCUGGGCUUUCUGUUAUAAGUGUAGCCGCUGGUGCAUCUAGUGCGAGUUCAGAUUCACAAAUGGAUAUGUCGUCUUCUUAUUUCCAUACAAAUGUAUACAGAUGGGCGCUAAGAUACAUCAGUUUAUCAGUGUUCUCAUUGGUGAAAAUAGCAUCCCUAGUGAUGCGAUACGAAGAACGGUGGGCGAUUUGUCUACAGUUGAGUGCGACGGUGUGGUCAACGUUUGCAUGUCAAAAUGCAUCGGACGUAGUUGUGAAGCUCUCAGUAUGGGGACCGUUUCAACCUCAAGUUGUACUGGUGAAGGAUGCAUAUCGCUGUGUGAAGGGACAGGUUGUACAGCUGAGUGUCGUGCAAGAAGCUGCCAAGCUCAUUGUUAUGGUGGACUUUGCAAACGGUCCUCGUCUUCAGCGACACAGAUAUAAAAAUAUGGAUACAACCAUGCUUUUUUGUAUUACCAAUGUCCAAGGUUUGUAA